AUGGCGACAAUGAAUACUUCUAGCUCUGGAGGAACGGGAAUCUCGGAAUUCCUUUAUGAAUGGCUGGAUGACAUAUUCAUGAUACAGCUUUGCCGCGAGAUCUAUGUGCCAUUUUUGGGUCAAUUGCCCCUGAGGAUAAUUCUCAUCACGGUGGGCUUCUCUUUCCUGAUAAUCAGGGAUGUGAUGAAAGAUAAGUGGCACAAGGCGGAGAUAAUGAAGUAUGAGGAGGAUAAAAAGGAGUGGGAACUCGAUAGAGAUCGAAUUCUAGAUAUCGCCGAGCCAAUGUUAGCAGGUGGAAAACGCAAUAGCUCGGCUUCUACACAACAGGUAUCUGGUCCAGAAAUGACCAUCAGUCAGCUUUAUAUCUAUCCCAUAAAGUCCAUUAGAGGAUGCUCUCUUCCCUCGGCCACCCUCACCAAAGAUGGAUUUGCCUACGAUCGAAAGUUCAUGCUCCUUAAAGUCCACAACAAGGACUCCAAAUGGGGUCGCUAUCAAAAUAUGCACGUGUCUCAUCACCCUGAAAUGGUCCUGUUCCAUACAUCCAUCAAACACUCAACUCUCUAUAUUACCCAUCAUGCACCUGACUAUGCCGAGUAUCCAAACGAGGAACGUCCAACAUUAGAAAUAGAGCUAUCACCUUCAACCUUCUCCAAUCUCAACAAAGUUGAAGUCGAUAUGCAUAAAAGUUCAACUUCCGCGUACGACAUGGGUCCCAAGUACAACGAAUGGUUUACAAAAUAUUUCGGGUAUGAAGUUAUCCUCGCCUAUGCUGGCAGUAACCGACGACUUGUUCUUGGAAAUCUUCCUGGAAGACCAGCAACUGAUGGUCCGAUGAUUCUAACACCCAUCAAGAAACUCUUGCAAUAUAUGCCCAUAAUUAACUCACUAGUUUCGAAGAAGGAUGAUGAGAAAAUUGCCUUUAAUGACUGUGCUCCCUACCUCGUUAUCACGGAAGCUUCAUGUGUCGAUGUCUCAAACCGUUUACCCGGCGAUACCGAAAUGGACAUCACGAAAUUCCGCGCCAAUAUCAUCAUAUCCGGUUUGCAAUCCGCAUAUGAUGAAGAUUACUGGGGUGGAUUAACAUUUGGUUCCUCUCAAAACAAAGAAAUCAUCCUUACGGCCAAUUGCGGAAGAUGUGUAUCUCUAAAUGUCGAUUAUGAAAAAGGAAUUGGAGCGCCUAAAGGAGAAGGGGUAUUAAAGUUGUUGAUGAAAGAUAGAAGAGUAGAUGAGGGAAUGAAGUAUAGUCCUAUUUUUGGAAGAUAUGGAUUUGUGGGAAAUGGGGAUGAGGGGAAGGUAUUGAGGGUUGGGGAUGAGGUCAGAGUUUCCAAGAGGAAUGAGGAAAGAACGAGAUUUUAUUGGCCGGGACUUUCGACAUGA